CCUGUGUGCUGAAGCGUUCGGAGUCAAUACUGUCAACACGAACAGCGGCCGUGCCAUCUUCCUACAGACGUCUGAUGGUGUGUACAAGAUGUUGCGGUACACCCAUUUCCGUCAGUACCAACCACAGCUUCCACUACUUGACGGUAUCAAAAGCCUUUCGGAAAUCCACGAAGCAGUUAACAAACCACCGUUAUUACACAUUUAAACCUGAAGAAACACUAAAUAGACAAAAUAAAACAAAUCACACAACUUCACUCAUCGCGCUCCCGCCAAAAAGUCUUAUUACAUUCUUUCGAAAUACAAAGAUAUCUAAUAUUACGUCUACCGUCUAGUAACUAGUACCUACUUGAUAUGUUAUUACACAAUAAUAUGGUUAAUUUUUUUAUUAAAAAAAUAUAUUUAAUUAAUGUUUACAUAGUUUAGAAGGUUUUCCUAUUGAGUUUUUAUGAGCCUUCUUUGAAAUGUGACAAACUUCUCAUGUAAAUUUUCAAUAUUUAGUUACAUUUUACUCUAAAGGUAUUAGGAUAAAAUUUAUGAAAUUACCGAUUCGUUUAUUUUGAAAUAAGAGCAGGUGUAUGUAAUUCAGAACUGCUCAUUUGGAAAAUUCCAGACUAACCGGUCGUCCAUUAAUUACAAUUUCAUCCUCAAAAAAUCGAUUUUAAUAAAUGAAAAGGACAUAUUCAUUGUUGUCCAUAAUAAUAUUUUCAGGUGGUCUACUCGCUCUACCAAUUGCAUGGGUUUCGGAAUAAAGUAUUUUUAUGUUGUAUUAAACCAAAAAGUCAAAAAAGAACCGUAAAUGACAGUAUCACAAAACAAGUUACAAAACGCCAAAUGGGGUGACACUGCUGAUUACAUUCUCUUUGAUAAUAAAAAAAUGUCAUUUAAAAAAUAAAAUUAAAGAGGCACUCAAACAGUGGUUUCUAAAAUUUCUUAAGCCAAUAAGUAUAGAUUUGUAUUUCGUUUUGUUUCUGUUCAUUACAAAAUUGAAAACAUUCGGCCGCCUAAAAAUAAAUAUUCCGUAGUAAAGAGGAAUAACCAUUGCGAAAGCAACGAUCUUCACCCAUUUAUCUACUAAAUUCGGUUAGAAAAGAUAUCAGUAUGUCAAACAAUAUGUUUUACCUAAACGCGAUGUUACUCGUUUGUACUUUAUUAUUUACACUAACUCAUAUCAAUGCUGAUAGUGAUGAAGGCAGCAUUAGUAAAAUUGGUACAAGUGUCGGGCAUACAAUGAAUAUCUAUUACUGUUAUUCUUGUGGCUACAAAAAGGUAUUUGAAGACUAUGCAGGAAUUAUACAACAAAAAUACCCAGAGAUUUCUGUCAUUGGAGCUAACUAUGACCCACCUGGUUUUAACAUGUAUCUAUCACGAAUUAUUGGUUUUGGCAAAAUGUUGGUCAUCAUGUGUAUACUCAGCGGUGUGAAUAUUUUUGCUUGGUUGAACAAACCACAACCUGCUUGGUGGAGUUGGUGCCUUGAAAACAAGCUGUAUGCAUGCAUGAUGAUGUUCUUUUUAGCAAAUAUGAUUGAAGGACAGCUAAUAUCCUCUGGAGCUUUUGAGAUAUCUCUUAACAACAUUCCACUUUGGUCCAAAAUAGAGACUGGAAGAAUCCCGCAACCAUCUGAAUUGUUUCAAAUAAUAGAUAAUACCCUGCAGUUUUCUAAAAUGGACCUCCCAAAAAACCUUUUUGUACAAUCCUAAAAAUAUAAUUACAGGAUAUGUAUUUAAGAUGAUUAAGUUUUAAUAUAAUUAUAAAUAUAAUGUACA